UCCCUCUGUCCCUCCCCUGUCCCUCUGUCCCUCCCCCUGUCCGUCUGUCCCUCCCCUUCCGGCAGCGAUGGCGGCGCUGGGGCUGGCGGGACUGGGUCCCGGCGAGGCCGCGGCGGCCGCUCAGGCUCUGACCCUGCCCGCGGAGAGCUACGGGAACGACCCCCGGCUGGAGCUGGCCUGGGCCGAGCGCGCUCACCAGCACGCCCAGGUGCACUUCAACCUGCUGCAGUCGGUGGAGCCGCGGGGGCUGAGCCUGACCCCGCUGGACGAGCGGAUCUACAGAGAGUUCCGGAAAAACUUCCCCGAGCUGCGCGUGGACGUGCUGGACCCCGAGGAGCUCAAAUCGGAGGCGGCCAAGGAGAAGUGGCGCCCGUUCUGCCUCAGCUUCCAGGAGCUGCUCCCGGAUUUCAACUUCGGGACUUUGCUGCGCCUGGACUCGAGCGGGGAGUACAGCGAGGAGAAUUCCAUCCUGGCCCCCAGGAUCCAAUUCUUCGCCAUCGAGAUCGCGCGGAACAGGGAGGGCUGCAACGACGGCGUGUUCAGGAAAUCGGGAUGAGCUCGGGAUUUGGGGGAUUUGGGGGAUUUGGGGACCCCAAAACUCCAUCUGAGAUUUUGGGAAAUCUCUGGAAGGGCUGGAGAUGGAAAUAAAGAUUUGAAAAUCCUGA